AAACGUAAAAGACCCAAUGCUACCUGGUACCUAUCUGGAUGCCUAUGUGAAAGAGUACAUGUCUGCAAAAUCCCUGCAGGACUACGCAUCCCUUCAGGCCGCUGAUAUAGAGUCUUGGUAUCUGGCUCUCUCCGUAUAUACCAUCUAUUCACUUUGGCCACGUCACAGGUUCCGCCGGCAUCCCCUGCUUCGAAUUCUCUGGCUUGACCCAGUGACUGUUCGCCAGCCUGAUCAUUGCUGGCCAGUCGGAAGACAAAGCUGACAGAGUUACGAGAGACAUUUCCGACAAGUCUUCCAGAAGCGAUGGUGCUAAUGCAACCUCAAGCGAAGAAGAAAAGAUCUACAGUACAGCAAAGACGCAAGCCACCUCAGAGAUGCGCGCAACCAAGAAAAGGUCGGAUCUUGACAGGGCUUUGGGCUGAAACACUUCCCCUCCCUUGCCAUGCCACGAAUCCAACCAUUCUCCUUCUGGAUGCCGCAGAUGCCCGCCUAGCCCUAAAGCCUCUGGGCACUCGGCACCCACUGGGUACUUCCGGGCACGCCUGUCUCGAUAAGCCACCCGCCAAACUUCGGAGGCCUAGCGAAGGCGUCUCUGCCCAAAAGUCCAUGAUGGUCCCCAUCAGUCCCUACAGUCCCUACAGUUUCAACUCCACCGAAGCCCACUUGACCUGGUCGAUCUGGGGUUUCGCUCAUGGUCUUUCUGCCUGCGCAUCAUCAUUGUUGCCAUUCACCACCAUUUUUUCGAUAUAUCAUCCGGGGUCAGGUUCUAUCCGAUAUAUGCACCUUUUUACGGCUUUGCUGGUUCUUUUCGUGUAACAGUCCACUCACCUCUGUUUGUCUUGGUCCUCCCCAAUUCUCCACCCGAGCGAUUGCCCGUGUCUCCCUCACCGCAAAGCGAUCCACCUCAUCCCGUCAGAUUUGCGCCUCGCCUUACACAAAACCGGCGACGCAACAUUCCACGGCUUCCAGACAUCCAUUCCUUUCUUAUCCCUUGCUCCAUGCGCAAUCCGCGGUCGAGGCUCAUGUCUGCUGGCAGAUGCUCCUCUUUUCCUCCUUCUGUCGCUAUCCGCCCGCUGCGAAUACUGCCUAGGGCCAUGCUUCUCAUUUGCCCUGCGGCUGCCUGCUGAGAAUUGUACCAUCCAUCGGCUUUGCUGGCGAACGAAGGGGUACAUGACUCUGCCAACCUUGCUUCGCAUCCAGCACUCCUUCGUCUUCUUUAAUUUCUCGACCUUGCUUCCGUUUCCUCCUUGUAUCUACGACAGCCUCUUUUAUAAUUCGGGACGGUGUACAUCCUCCCGCUACAUACUUUCGAAAUACUGUUCAUACAGCCUGUACCUUUCUCUCGAGGUCGUGGUUUUUUUUAUAUUUGCGUCCCAAGGCGCCGACUGAAUAUCUACAUAACCUCCACAUUCUUCAGUACUUCCCAACCAUUUCAGCCUGGCCUUCUGUCUAGCACAGUGUUACCCUCACAAUGGACGGCGGGACGACGUUGGAAACCUCACGGAAUGGUCGCAUUUCAGCUUAUGACCGAACUUCCUCUUCGAGACCCCAACUGGGCGUCGGGACCGAUUUUGAUAGGGGAAAGAGUGCUUGGAAUUCUACAAGCCGCAUAUGGGGUACAAAACCUGGUUAUGGUGAUGAGCAGCCCGCAAGACCAUCUCCCGCUCGGCAGACCUCGUCCACUAGUUUUGGUCCAGGCAGAACAGCCACCACUUCGAUACGCACGCCGACCGAAUUUGAACAUGGAUAUCCCGCACAAUCGAAACUCCCCUGGAGCGCCGCCUCGACCACCGUCAGCCACGAUCGUAGAUCAAGAGCGCAGCCUCUAUCGCCGACCCAACCGAGACAGAGUCAUGGCGUGGAUUUCGUGACCAACGAUCACAACGGGAGUGGUGAAGAGUCGAGUCUGUUUGAAGGAAGCGCUCCAGAUGUGGAAGAUGAGCCUCUGAUGGAAUAUCAAUCCACCCAAAACCGACGUACGGUCCUUGACAGUUCUCGCUUCAUGCAAUCUCCUACCCGAGCCACAGCUUUCGGUCGCACUCUAUACGAUCCUCAAUUCCAGGCUAUCAAUGCAGGCAACUUCAACGCUAACGGCAUAUUUGCGUCCAGGAAUGGGUACGAACCUGACCAGGACCGUCUCUCCAACGGAUAUGCAACCACACCAGUCAGCAGUGAACCAUACGCCGUCCCAAAUAGCUACACAACUAGCCGAUUGCCUGAGCAGCCACCCGUUCCCUUGUCAAGGUUCGACCAGAUUCUGCCGCAACAUGCAAAAGCCAACGGCCGUACUUGGGCUGCUGCCCGGGUGGAAGGGUUUGAUUCCUCAUCGGCCCAAAACUUUGACGAAGCUCUCCAAGCUCUACAGGCGUUCGGACUUGACCAAUUGCACGACACGACUGACAUGAUUUCUUUCCGUCGCUCUUGCAACAUCCAACCUCAAUACCAGCGUCUUGUUCAGCCCAAGUCCAUGCAAUCUUCGUCACAACCAAGGCCACAUUUCGGCAACAUCGAGAGCCAAUUUCACCCAGCAGCCGGGAAUGUAACCAUGCCAACGCGCUUGAACCCUCAAGCUGUCCCUCAUUUUGGAGGCUUGCCAUAUGCCGGCGGAGCAACCCUCUCGCCUUUGGCCAAUGACUAUCGCAGCAACCUUCAUAGUCCAUACAGUUCCCAGCUCGGCACCCCUCCAACUGGGCCCUUGUCGGUACGAAGCACUGCCGGCAGCGGUGUCUCCAGCCGGACGUCCCAUCGAGAAUCCUCGAACAUGGACCGUAAAUUUUCCAAUAGCGACCAAUACGGCUUGGAACAGGGGAUGCUAAUGUCAGCCUCUCUGCACCAGGAGCUUGGUAAUGGGUUCCACUAUGACAUGCAUGGGCCGAUGCACACCAUGCAGAUGAACCCUCUUGCAAACCCGUAUAUGAUGUCUGUGCACCCGGCUAUCAACCAUUAUCCUUCGCCGACCCGCAUGUCCGUUCGUGAGCCCGACCAGAACCAAGUCGUCAGAAGCGCGCGGCUUGAGGAGUUCCGCAUGAACAGCAAAACCAACAAGCGAUUCGAGCUCAAGGACAUUUAUGACCAUGUGGUGGAAUUCAGUGGAGAUCAGCACGGUUCACGCUUCAUCCAGCAGAAAUUGGAGACGGCCAACAGUGAUGAAAAGGAGCAAAUUUUCAAGGAGAUCCAGCCCAAUCUGCUCCAGCUGAUGAGUGACGUCUUCGGCAACUAUGUGAUUCAAAAGGUGUUUGAGCAUGGGAACCAGGGGCAGAAGAAAGUUCUGGCCAACCAGAUGAAAGGACACAUCAUGCAUCUGUCACUGCAGAUGUACGGCUGUCGAGUGGUACAAAAAGCCUUCGAACAUGUGUUGACCGACCAACAGGCAAGCCUAGUCAAGGAACUGGACGGUCCCAACUUGCAAAUCUUGAAAGUUGUCAGGGAUCAGAACGGCAAUCAUGUUGUCCAGAAAGCUAUUGAACGCAUUCCAGGGGAACACAUUCAAUUCAUUGUGGAUGCUUUCAAAGGACAAACUGCGAAGAUGUCAACCCAUCAAUAUGGAUGCCGGGUGGUUCAACGCAUGCUGGAGCAUUGCCAACCAAAAGCCAAGCGAAUCAUCCUGGAUGAGUUGCUUGAACAUAUUGUGCCGCUUAUUACUGACUCGUAUGGCAAUUACGUGGUACAGCACAUUAUUCAGAACGGCGAACCUCGAGAUCGGCGCCAUGUCGUCAACAUUGUGCUCCGGUCGCUUUUAUUGUUCUCGAAGCACAAAUUCGCCAGCAACAUUGUGGAAAAGAGUAUUGAAUUUGCCGAUGAAGACCAACGACAACAGAUUCUUCGGGGACUGACCGCUCCGGAUGAGCAUGGUGUCACACCAGUGCUUGGAUUGAUGAGGGAUCAGUAUGGCAAUUACGUACUCCAGAGAGUAUAUAAUCGACUCCAAGGCGAAGAGCUGGCCGCUCUUUUGGCGGAUAUGCAAAAGAACUAUGAUGUUCUUCGUCGAACCAGUUAUGGCAAGCAGGUUACCGCCAUCCACAGGAUCGUAUACCCCGACCAGAGUUCGUCAAAUGCAUCGACAGGCAGCCCAGAUUCGGUCCUGAUAGGUACCAGCACCGGCACCAGCACCAACGGCGAAGUUGACAGAGCUGCGAUUCACCAAGUAGAAGGCGAAUAGACGAAAGCUGAAAGAAGGGCAUCCCCCAUUCCGACUUCGUUGCUCCCGGAAGCGAGGGAUUGCAUGGUGUCAGUCGAGAAGGACCUUUUAGCGUGUCCGCUGCGUUUCACGAUAUUUCCAAUUUCUGUUAUACUGCUUCGGCGCGCGGUUGGCUUUGGAUUCGAAAGUCUCUAUAGAAUUGUGUUGGUGUUGGCAUCCACCUGCUUGGACGACUCGAAUUGUGUUAAUGUACGGAGUUUGGCGGUAAGUAUUGUGCACAUAUUGCCAGGCAAAUGGAUGGAAUGGCAUGGGGUGUGGUUGACUCUUGUUAUCAACCGGCACAUGGUUUGACGACGACAAAUGACGACGUCUGUGGAUACCCUUUUUGGAUUGAAGCCGGAUGGAUCAGGAUGCAGAAACAGAAAUGGCUCGGUACAUAUUAUUGUUCGAGAAGGAACGGUUGGACUCGCUUUCGUGGUUUUGAGGCGCAAAUGCACGGGCUAGUACAUCGACGGAUUGUGGGAUAUUUGAUCUUCUUGUGGCAGAUUAAGCAUUCGUUCGUCCAGCCUGCAUUGGAAAAGGCGAAGAGGUAC